AUGUGGCGGCUGGGUACGGCCUGGGCGCGGCCCGCCGUGCUGCGCGGGGCCCGGGGCCGGCGGGGCCUGGGGAGCGGCGCGCCGGGGGCCGCCUGCGCGGGCGGAGCGGCCGCGGGCUCCUCGGCGGGCGGCCUGGCGCUGCGCUCCCGGCCCGGCCCGAGCGGCGGCGGCGGCGGCUAUAAACAUCUGAUAAAAGAACAUGAUAGAAAGACAGUUAUAUGUAUCGAGGGGAACAUUGCAAGUGGAAAAACAACAUGCCUGGAUUAUUUUGCACAAACUACCAGCAUUGAGGUUUUGACAGAACCGGUGACUAAGUGGAGGAAUGUUCGUGGUCAUAAUAUCCUGGGCUUAAUGUACCAAGAUGCAUCAAGAUGGGGGAUAACAUUACAGACUUAUGUACAGCUUACAAUGUUGGAGCAGCAUACCAGACCAAUGAUUUCUCCCAUGAGAAUGAUGGAGCGAUCAAUUCACAGUGCAAAAUACAUUUUUGUAGAAAAUUUGUAUCGAAGCGGAAAAAUGCCAGAGGUGGAUUAUGUUGUCCUAACUGAAUGGUUUGACUGGAUCCAGAACAACACUGAUGUUUCGGUUGAUUUGAUAGUUUAUCUGCAGACUUCUCCUGAAGUUUGUUAUGAGAGGUUAAAGAGAAGAUGCAGAGAAGAGGAAAAGAUCAUUCCUCUGGAGUAUUUAAAAGCUAUUCAUCAGCUCUACGAAGAGUGGCUCAUUAAACAUACACUGUUUGAAGUUUCCUGCCCAGUGCUUGUUAUUGGAGCUGACCAUGACAUGCAGACUAUGAUAGAAAAAUAUGAAGAAAACCGGGACCAAAUACUAAACCCAUAUAAUAUGCAACACCAUUUAUAGAAGUCCGUGGUUGUAUUUUUAAAAACAUGCUUAUGAAGUGUGAUUGGGGGGCAAUUUUGAGUAUUUUUAGUAUUUCUAAAUAUAAUGGUUUUUGCUUUUGAAUUACACUUUGUAGAAUGUUGUGGAAUUAAUUCUAAGAAAUGUUCAGGUAAACAGACUAUAAACGAAUUCCUUUUCAUAUUUUUAGGUUCUCCAUCAGCUUUAGUAUGUCUAUUCUAUUCAGCUAAAAUACGUCUGUGUCCCGUUUCCCACUUCACUACUGCUUACUAUAAGUAACCUAAGUUUCUUCUUUUUUUUCCGCCAAGACAACCCUGUUUUUGUAAUUUGAAAGAAAGGGUUCCAUACAAGAGGUGGAAUGUCCUUUAUUAUUACUAGAGGAAGCAAAUGUAGUGCAUCAAGUUAAAGUAGCCCUGUUAAAUAGCUCUUGUCAGGUUAAAAUAGGGGGUCUUACUGUAAUCCUACCUACGCUAGUACAAUUUCAUUGAAUUAAUUAAUUUUCUUCUGCUUUACACAAUACAGCUUCAAUAGUUCUGGAGAUAACUAUGCACUAGUAUAAUCCCACUGAAUGCAGUGGCAAAAAAAGAAUAACAGUUUUCGUAAGCGAUUGCAGAAUGGCUCUGAGGCUUUUUUUUAAGCUAGGUUUUUAAAAAGGCUUACUUCUCUCUAGGGUUCAUGAAAUCACUGGCCCUGCUAUGGCUGAGUUGAGGACUAGUGAAAAUACAGGGUGCACAGAACUGUAUUAUUGUUCCUUUCACAUGGUUAUAAAAAACCCUAGAAUUGAUUUUUUUAACUAUUUUGGAUUCUUUGAUUGUAUUCUUUUAAUAUAAAGAAAAAUACAGAUGGUUCUUUGGGUUUAUAUCUCGAUCAGUUUAUUGUGACUUACAGGUACUUGGAGAGUAGAGAAAAAUAGUGGGGGUUUCAUUCUUACACUUGCUAGCUGAAGUGUUGAGUUGCCCUUAAUUUCUGCUUUACCCUCCGAGUUUUGUCUUCAAGAUAAUCCUUUUAAUGCAGCAGUUCUGACUGUUUUCACAUUACUUUUUCUGUUUCAUUUUAGGGGAAUGAUUCCUGAAGUACAGCAUCUGCUUCCCCACCCCCCACAACAGUUUUGGUUGGUUUAAUUGGAGAAAGCAAGGUUAACAGUGCUAUAAAAUGCACUUACAUUAAUGUAGCUGAGCAUCUGUCAUAGCUUUGUAGUGAACGCUCCUAAAAAUGGCUAAUGUCCAAGACUUCAGUUGGUUCUCUGAUCACUUAUUACACACAUUUGUCUGUAGCUUGUUGGAGGAUAUAAAUAUUCUGUUUCUUGGCUUGUCUAUGUUUCACCUGACUUUGAACGAUAUCUGAUAGUAUUGCUUUUGGAGAUCACUACUUUUGUUUUGUAGUUUUGUGGUACCUGGUUUUGUGGUAUGCCUGAAACUCAUUGUAUUGAAAUGACCGCACUGUUUUCCAAGUCAGGAAAUGCAGUUCAUUUCUUAUUUCCAUCUGGUGGGAUAUUUUUUUUUUCCAAAUCAGUACAAGUUAAUAAUGAUGAGCGAACUGAGAGAACAUUUCCUAGUGAAGUACUAUAUUAAUAUACUAAAGCUUGUGAACCCACUAUUGACAUUCUGUUGUUCUGUUGUAAAGCUUUAGAAUUCUGGCUUAAAAAUAAGAUUUUCUGUGUUAAGUAAUGAUAUUCCUUAUUGAAGCUUAUUUGUAGGAGGAUAGCAGUCAUUCUUGAAACCUUCUGUUAAACUUUCCAAGUUUUUUCUUCUGUAAGAGACCAAAAUAUUUAUUUGGAAAUAGUUCUAUAAAUUUGAAGUUCAGUCAUCUGUAGUUUGUUCUUAAUUCUAAUGUCAUUGUGGUUUGUAGAAGCCAAGCAUGUAUAUUUUGCACACAGUCCAGAAAAAAGCACUUAAUUGUUUUGUACAGAGAACCUUACAGUACAAAGAAUCUCACUGUUAUCUUUUGGCUUUUGAAAGCAAUGUAUGCCUUUUGGUAAUUUUUUUUUUCUUCUUCAUAAUAUCAAACCAGUAGUUUGGAUGUGGGUUAUUGAUAUUCAUAAUUACAAUAGACUAUAAAGGAAUCAUUUAUAUAACUUAUUAAAAAUUACAUAUGCAGUGGCUACAGGGAACAUGUUUAUUUUAUGUUUUGCUAUCUAUUAAUUUUCAUGUGUAGAUUUUCAUGUACAGGAAGUUUGGGGUUUUUAAUGAGAACUGGGAACAAAACCAAACAAAUUGCUUAUGUGUCAUAAAUGUAAAAUGUUUGCAGUCUGCUAUAGAUGUGUAGAUAAAAAUACUGUAGUAAUCAUAAAUAGCUGUUUUUAAGCCUGGAAUUUGCUUUUAUUUCCUGAAAUCCCUCAGUUGUGAGGGGAGGGGAAAAAAGGGCAAUCAGCAUUAUUCUGAUAAAUGUUUUGUUCCUGUUAUGACUAAGAAGCAGUGAUUGGGUAGCGAGUUGCAAAAUGCCACACAAAGUACUCUGUCUCUGUAGGCAGACUGAACUUCAGUACCAGUGGAAUGGAUCAUAUAAACAAGCUGCCACUUCUCUUGCCUUUUCAGAUCUGGUCCCUAAGUUGGAUGUAGCCUAUACUUGUAGAGUGAACCAUACAUAACCAGUUUUGCAUACAUUUUGGCUAUUCUGGAGUAUAUUGUAGCAAUACAUGAGAAGAGUAAUAAAUUGCAUUUUUUUAAUUACUUCUGUCAUGAUGAGUUCCACAUUUACGCUGCAAUACGUGUGAAAAGUGAUUACUUUGUUCUGUAUUGCCUUUUCCUUACUGCAUUCUUGGUCUGAAUAGAUGAUCUCUUCUCCAGCCUUUGGUAUUUACUUUGUCCUGGAGAAGGUCUUAGCAAAUCAGUAACAUCUGGGAGCACCAUAUGAAUUGAUCUGAAGUAAGACAGAGAGACUGGCAAAAAUUAAAAUGUUAAACAGUUGCAUUCUC